GUCUUAACGAUAAAGAAUGUGCUUAGUGAUAACAGCUUGCGCUGGACGCAAUAUCACUUUCCUUCUUUCUCUUUGUCUUCCUCUUCUUCUAUAUAAGUAUGGUUCUUCAUUAUCAUGCCUGGAAGGAACGAUUCAAACCUGCCGCAUUUGUUGUUUUUCCAGGUGUAAGCCGGCAAUGGAGAAAUCUUUCGUGAUGUGUCGCUCCUCUCGUAGCGCUACUCUAUGGGCAAAUAAUAUUACGAUAAAGUACGAAAACACUCUGGCGAGAAGCGCAGAGAUUGCUAGAGAAAUCUCAAAAAAAGAAACACGCAAUUUACUGGAUAAUAGCAAUAUUGUAAGAUACGACGAAAAAGCGGAUUCAAAUGCCUUAAAGUAUCAAUCAAUAGCCCUACAAUCAACAAGUGAAUCUGUAAAAAAGGGCUACACUUGUGAUAGCUGUCAACGCGUCUUCACACGAAAGCAUCAUCUCAUACGUCAUGUGAUGGUUUGUAAUACAACCAACACAGAAGAUUUAUCAGGAAUUAAAAUGACAGAAGAUAAAAGGAAGACAGAUUAUAAUUUGAUAAAUCGAAACAAUUUCAAUCAUCUGAUGGAAGACAUCAAGAGUCGAAAUAAUGAUGAAGAUCAAUAUCGCGUUUCAUCAACAAAAUCUCCGAAAAAACGAUCCGAAACUUAUUCCUGCGAGUAUUGUGAACACACUGUGAAAAAAAGGAAGCUAUUAAACGCCCAUAUAAGAGAGGUACAUCCUGAAUUCAUAAAAAAGAACCGAAAAUCAUUUGUCGCCACAGAGACGGUAUUGCGCGCCAGAAUGGAGCACAACGGUAAAAUGUAUUACCAUUGCAGCGAAUGUGGAAAGAAUCUGAAUUCGCCAUAUACCUUCUACUGGCACCUACGCAUUCACACGGGCGAGCGAUUGUUUACUUGCCACUUAUGCGGCAAACGGUUCCGCGUAAAUCAGGGUCUGGCCCGACAUCUGAAAGAGACCCACGCCGGCAUCAAGAAAGUACCAUGCGAUCUGUGCGGCCGUAUGUUCUCGACGCGGCGCAAUGUCGAGGAUCACAGACGCAUUCAUACCGGCGAGCGGCCAUAUGUUUGCAACGUAUGCGGUAAAACAUUCAAGCAGAAGGCCUCCCUGUUCGUGCACAAUCGUACACACUCGGACGUGUUCCCGUUCAAGUGCAGCUAUUGCGGGCAAACCUUUCGCACGCGACCGCCGCUGAUGGUUCAUAUUACCAAACAUACCGGCGAAAAGCCGCACGCCUGUGAUGUGUGCGGCCGUUGCUUCCGUAUCAAGUACGAAUUGAAGCGACAUCGUCUGAUCCAUUCUGACGAGAAACCUUGGCGUUGUACCGAUUGCAGUCUCUCAUUCCGACAGAAACGUUACUUAGUUAAUCAUAAGAGACUCAAUCAUGAACCGCCACGCUGCUCGGCCACCGCGAAGUAACAGGCUGACUCUCUUUUCAGAUGGAC